CGCCUCACGGUAAGGUAGGGCCACGCCUUCACUGGUGGGGGGACGGAUCGUAUUUGCCAGUCUGUACUUGCAUUCGCGACCCGCGUACGUUCGAGUUUAAAAAAAAUAAUUAAAAAGAUUACCUGUCAAUUUUCAGCGCCAAUCGGCGCGCUUUUUGACAGAUUAGUUUUUUAAUGUUUGUAGUGCUGUGAGUGAGUGUGUUUUUUGGCGGAUCAUUUUGGAAGCUUUGGGAAGGAUUUUGUAUGAUGGCGUAACAACCACCAACAAAAAUGGCGGCGGUAUCAACGCCACACAUGCAGGACUCCCGUGUGAAGAUACAAGAGAGUGACGAAGAACCAUAUUCCCCAACAACCAGAGACACUGUCACCCCCGACUUUAACGAAGAAGAUAAGGAAGAACGUCCCGUACAUGCCUUCUCAAUCCACAACGUCCUCAAGAAAGAACGCACCAGCCCUGAGAAUGUAUUCUCAACCGAUAAACUCCUCCAAAACACUCCCAAUUAUGAAGAAAAUGACAAUAACGAUUCCCGAAACUCCGAAAGUGUCAGCCCUAGAAUCGACUAUGACGAUAAUCAGACUAACGAAUCAAGAGCAGAAAUAAGCGUAGACGAUGAUAAUUCCUGCUGUAGUGAUGACACUGUGUUAUCCGUCGGAAACGAAGCCCCUGUCAAUUAUGAAAACAACGAUAAAGAACAGGGACUUACAUCUUUUAAACACAUACAGACACAUUUAAACGCAAUAUCACAGCUAAGUCAGAAUCUAACAAUGAACCAGCCUUUAAUCUUACGACCGAAUCCUAUAACACCAAAUCCAUUGAUGUUCUUAAACCAGCCAUUAUUAUUUCAGAAUCCUAUCAUGGAUUUAAAAGCACCAAUACCUCGGCCAGCGCCGAGUUUAAUGAACCCUCAAGUAUUUAAUCUAAAUUUCGCUCGGAAGACACAAGAUUUAAGAAACGCGCGGACAGAUGAAAAUAGAAGACUAAACUAUAUGACUCCUAAAUCUCCUGAUGAGUCUAGGGACUUCAUGAGUCAGAGUCUAAAGUUUAGUAUAGAUAAUAUUUUGAAAGCGGACUUCGGGAGGAGGAUAACUGACCCGAUGAAGAGGAAAAAGAGGGAGGUUAAGGAGGUUAAGGAGGCGAAGGAGGAGGUUAGGGUGCCCGAGGUGAAGAGUGGGGAGAAGGGAGGGGCGAUAGACUUGUCGAAGGGGGAUGAUAGUGCGAGUAAUUCUGGGUCAACCACUGGGACGACGUCGGGUGACGGGCCAAUGGUAUGGCCAGCCUGGGUGUACUGCACGCGGUACAGCGACCGGCCCAGUUCCGGACGAAGUAAGUACGGGACCUCACGGCUGACACGUCCGCGCACGCGCCGUCCAAAGAAACCCCCUGGAGAGACCGCGCAGACUGACGAGAAACGCCCCAGAACUGCCUUCUCCGGUCCACAACUUGCUAGGUUAAAGCAUGAAUUCGCCGAGAACCGCUACUUGACCGAACGCAGACGGCAAGCACUGGCCGCGGAGCUAGGACUCGCCGAAGCCCAGAUCAAGAUCUGGUUCCAAAACAAACGAGCCAAGAUCAAGAAGGCUUCAGGGCAGAGGAACCCGCUGGCAUUGCAGCUGAUGGCGCAGGGGUUGUAUAACCAUAGCACGGUGCCGUUGACGAGAGAGGAGGAAGAGUUGGAGAUGAAAGCAAGGGAACGGGAGCAACAGAAUAGACAGUAGGUUUUGUGGAAAGACGAGGCUAUAUUUUAAAUUUUGCUUGGUAACAAAUCGGCACAGACUGUUCCUAAAAAUAUCCGAGGAUUUUUUACUUUUAGACAAUGGGAUUUGGCUAUUGUCAAAGGUUUGCAUUGAUUGCGCCAUCAAAGAUUGUCUAAAGUUUUGUUCGUUAUAUUUACACCCCCUUAUUCAUAAACGUAUUCUAAAGUUAUCAAGCCGAUAAAAUUCGUUUGUCCUUUUC